CUUUCUCUCUGGUUUGAUCUCUCUUGAGUUUCUAAUGGGUUUGAUUUUCUUACCUUUUUUUUUUUUUAAUUUUUUGGCUCUGUGUGUGUGCAGACUGCAGAGAAGGUGAAGAAAAACAUGAGAGUUGACAAAUAUAAGGGGGUGAGAAAGGGGAGGAAAUGCAAUGGGAACCCAUUCACUGAGCUGUGUAAUGAUGGGAAGCAUGUGGGUAGGACUCAGAACCCAGAUUUAUACUCUCUUUCUCUCUCCAAAAAAUAUAUUACAAGACUGUGAAGAGACAAAAUUCCUGUAACAACUUGCUUGGGCUAUCUUUUCUCAUGUUCCAAACACCUCCCACUACCUGUUUUUCUGUUCAAAAUUCGAGUCCUAAGAAACCAUUCUCUGCAUAUCCGUAUACCUGUGUAUCUCUUUCUAAUUUCUCGUUUUGAUUCCUUACUGUUUGUUAGAAUGUACUUCCAUUAUUAUAUGUAUAUAAUGUGUGAGAUGAUCAUGUGUAUAUGUAUAUAAUAGUCCACCAUGAUUUUCAGGGAAAGCCACGAAUUAGUAAAUAUAUAUAGUUGCCACACUUGUAAUAGGAACAUGGUCUCUGGUUUUUUCCCGAGUGGGGUUGGAAAUAAUCCUAUGAUCAGAUGCUCAAUAUUACAAGUUCACCAUGAAGAAGGUGGAGUAUAAUCUUCAACCAAAGAAGUCGUUGAAGGGGAUUGGCAGGUGACAAGCAAGAUAAGAUGGUUGAGAUGGAUUGGGUGGGAUGGUCAAAAGGAGGAUGGGAUUGUCAACAUCAGGCUAUCCUUGGGGGAGUUGUAACUUGUAGUUGGAAUCAUCUGUCUCUCUCUCUCUCUUUCUUUCUAUAUAUAUAUACUGUUUUCACCAAGUAAAGGCACUGUUAAUAGAAAAUGAAAACAAAAAUGGUGAUGAUUAAGACUAUGAUUAAUAGAUAUCUUUUAGGAAGCCCAGAGAGAGAGAGAGAGAGAGAGAGAGAGAGAGAGAGAGAGAGGAGGGUACUGCUGAAGAUGCUCACUUUAACUGCAGUUUACUGAAACUUUUACAGGACGCAUGGAAUAGAAGGAGUUUUCUUGAUGUGGAAUUAAAGAGGGCGGUUAGUGCCAGUACCAGAUUGUACAAAAGGCGACUCCAAACUGAGGUUUGAUCCAACUUUGCUUCUGUUAAUCGCAAUAAAAGGGCUCGAAAAAACCGAACUUCCUCGGUCUCUUGGCUCUUUGUAUGAUUUUCAAACUUUGGGGAAGUAGCAGCUGGAUCUGGAAUUGGGAUUUGUCUAAGGCUUCUACGGUUUCUUAGUAUCGAAAAUUUAGAACAGGCGAUGGAUAGUUUGGGUUGGGAUGGCUCACCAGUGGUUGCGAACGCAUCGUCCUUGUGGAGCAAUCAGCAAAGUGGGGUCGAGCAAAGCUUGAUGGUGACCAACUUGAACUGCUGCGGUUAUGGGGGAAGGAUGCAUCUGGUGGAAGACAUGUUUGAUCCAAUUCAAGAGCUCCAAAAAGCUCAGCCUUCACAUGGGACUUCAAGUUCUAAUAAAGUAAGUGAAAUGGCUCAGCAAUUGGCCCCGGCUUUUGCUUCGGAUUCCGUACAUGUUGUUUCAAACUUGAAUUUAGCAGCAGAUACCGGGCUUGCUAAGUCGGUGGCUGGAACCAAUUGGGAAGAAGCCUUGAGAGCUGAAUUGGGGUCUUCCCCUUUGAUCAACAGGCCUUAUAUCAUGAACCCAUUAGGCAGUUUAAUGGCUGGUUUUGGAAAAACCCAGCAAUUUCAGGUUGUUAAUGGCUUCCAAGAUGGCACAGCUGGUGUUUCUGCGACGGGCUCUCUUGAGUCUCUUGACUGCUUGCUGUCAGCAACUAACAGUAACACUGAAACAUCUAUUGAAGAUGAUGGAAUUUCUGUGAUCUUCUCUGAUUGCAGAAACUUAUGGAACUUUGGUUCUGGCAGUGCAGUUUCAUCUGGAGAUUCUGAGAACAAUGGCUUCAAUACAAGAAAGAAGGAGAUGCAUUGCGCGGUAAAUGAGCUUGAUGAAACAAUCUCUCAGGGUUCCUCAGACCGACUUGCUAACCCUGGAAUAUGUUCAGAAACCAAGCCUAAUUCUAUGAAGAGAAGCUGUGAUCAAAAUGAACUCAAAGUUAGUCCAAAUUAUCAUUGCUUUGAUCUUCUCCAGUCUGAUGCUUGCACCACAGAUGGCGGUUUCCGACUCAUUUCUGAGAAUUCACCGAAACCAAAGAAGCCGAGAUCGGAAAAGCGGCCGCCAAGUUCAUCAAACAUCAACUUCCAGCAGCCGAGUUCAUCGGCGUCCUCAGUGGAGGAACCUGAUUCUGAGGCCAUUGCACAAAUGAAGGAGAUUAUUUACCGGGCUGCAGCUUUCAGGCCGGUGAAUUUUGGAAUGGAUGCGGUGGAGAAGCCCAAGAGGAAGAAUGUUAGGAUAUCAACUGAUCCACAAACAGUGGCUGCAAGGCAAAGGAGGGAGAGAAUCAGUGAAAGAAUUAGGGUUUUGCAGAGGCUGGUUCCUGGUGGAAACAAGAUGGAUACUGCAUCAAUGCUUGAUGAGGCUGCUAAUUAUCUCAAGUUCCUCAGGUCACAAGUCAAAGCUCUAGAAACCCUAGGCCACAAGCUUGAUUCAGUGAAUUGUGUCCAUACAAACCUUCCUUUCUCUGCAUUGCCCUUCAACCACUCAUUUCCCAUGCAAACCCAUCUUCCACUCCAAAACCCUAGCCCAAUCCACCAACCCAGGAGUUGAAAAAAAAAAAAACAAGAGCUUACCCAGAGGGAAAAAAAUUAAGUUAAUCUAGAAUCAUUCCCUCAAACCCAGUUUAAAAAAUCCUAACUCUAGACCCUAAUCAUACUCAUCAUCAUAUCAUUUUCUAGCCCACCAAACAGGGAAAAAAAACCCUAAUCUAAGACCCAUCAUAAUUUUCAUCAUUACGACGUUCUAUGAUAACAUCUGGUAAUUAUCAGCAGCAUGAGGACACCCACCAUCCAAGCGCACAAAAUAUUAGACUGUUGGGCAGACCCAUCUCCACUGCUGUUUUUGCUGCUUCCACUAUCAUUUUGUCCAGACUUCGCCAAAUAAGAUAGAUAGUGGAAGUAGCAAAAGGACUUGGCUUUGAUGCAUGACUUUUCUUUUUGUAGUACUAAAAAGCCUCCUCUGCAAUUAUAGCACUAUGAUUAAGAUGAGGGGCUAGAAAGUGAUUAUCACUUUAUCUUGUUUAAUAAUUCUUUUUUAUGUCAUCCUAUGUACUUAAAGCUCACUUUUAUUGGAGAUCUUUAUGGGUUUUUUUAAUGUACUAUUUUAGCUAAAACCAAUGCAAGAGACAUUCUCUUAAGAAUUGUGAGCCUGAGUCAGUGGUCCUGUCUCCUUGAUUCAAUCCAAAGCGUGCCCUUGGAAAGCACCCCAACCUUAUUGCUCA